AUGUUCUCCCGUUUCUCUAAAGUUAUGCCAAGAUUCGCUGGCGCUGCUUUCGCCAGAACCUUUGCCAACACUUCAAAGCAGUUCACCCAGCAGACUGCCACCGGCUCAAACUUUAGCUACCUCAAGGUUGCCGGAGGUGCCGUCGCCUUGACUGCCGCCGCCGCCUACGGUGUCGCCACCUGUGCCGACAAGGUCCCAUUCACCGGUGUCCCAGGCACCAAGAACGAGAGAACCUUCAUCGCCAUCAAGCCCGACGGAACUGCCCGUCAGCUGGUCGGAGAGAUCAUUGGCCGCUUCGAGCGCAAGGGCUACAAGCUGGUUGCCAUCAAGAUGAUCCACCCAACCAAGGAGCAAGCCGAGGCUCACUACGCCGAUCUGAGCUCCAAGCCAUUCUUCAACGGUCUCGUCAAGUACUUCUCGUCGGGUGCCGUCGUCGCCAUGGUCUGGGAGGGAAAGGGCGUCAUCAAGGGAGGCCGUUCAUUGGUCGGUGCCACUGACCCAGCCCAGUCUCUGCCAGGCUCCAUCCGUGGUGACCUCUGCAUUGAGGUUGGCCGCAACAUCAUCCACGGCUCUGAUGGUCCAGACUCUGCUCAGGACGAGAUCAAGCUCUGGUUCAAGGAGGGAGAGUUUGCCGAGUGGACUUUCAUCCAGCCAGUCUACGAGGGAAUGUAA